AUGGCUAGGUGUAUUGUAAUUGGAGGCGGAAUAUCUGGACUCUCGACAGCUUAUCUGCUUUCACGUUUACCUCGAACUCAAGUUGGUCAUGUUUCGUUAAUUGAGGCAAAUUCAUCCCGCCUGGGCGGGUGCAUCUUAACUCUUCGCAAUUCCGAAACUGGGGCUUUACAUGAUCUGGGACCACAUAGCGCUCGAAUAACUGGUCCUGCAUCAAAUCCUCUGCUUCGUCUUGUGUCUAGUUUGGGUUUUUCAAAAGAUGAAGUCUUCUGGAUGCCCUCUCUAACUCGUUAUAUUUAUGCUGCAGGUGCCCUUAGACCUCUCAACUUACUUUCACCUUUAUCUGAACCCCCUUUCACUCGGUCUCAUCUGUCUCUGUUUAUUCGUCGGGCACUAACUAAAGGUCCGGCACCCAUCAAAGGAGACAUUUCCGUAGAUGAAUUUCUAAGGUCACGUUUUGAUGACGAAUUCGCAGACUAUCUGGGAACUGCUCUUAUGCGAGGCAUCUGCGGUGCGGAUUCCAAAAAAAUCAGUGCUUCUGCUUUUCUUAGUCAUAUGAUGAACUGGGAGCGAGAAUCGCCUAAUCUGGUUCUCGGAGCCAUCAAAAGCAUCAUCGCUGGUAAGGUACAAUCGUUGUAUCCUACGAAAACCUACGAUGUGCCCCAGGAUACUCUGGAUAAACUACUGCCACCGUUGAGGAAAGACAUUGCACCACCGAAAUUUGCUAAUGUUUUAAACUUUUCUGCAGGAAUGCAGGCUUUAACUGACCGAAUCGUAAAUGAACUAGAUAAAAUGGACAAUGUACACAUUAGCAUGGGUAGCAGAGCUUGUUCGCUUGAUUAUAAGAAUAAUGCUUACAAGCUCGAAAUCGAACAACCAAAUUUGUUCACAACUGUAGAUGCAGACGCUGUAUUCAUUUGUACUCCUGUUAAACAAAUGGGAAAUUUGUUAUCCAGCCGUUCAUUCAUUUCAUCAGAUGUGACAAAACUGCUGAGUGCUGAAAUUUUCCCUUCGGCUAGUAUGGCAGUAGUCGCCUUAGAAUUUGACAUUCCGAAACCUAAAUUGCCUCAUGGAUUCGGGCAUUUGUUGCCGCUGUGUGAAGAUGAAACUGUAAUGGGCGUCAUUUAUGACAGCUGCUGUUCUCCGCUAAUGGAUGGGGAGAUUGCUUCACGAAGGACCACCCGAUUCACUGUCGUGCUAUCUCCUAGAAAGGAGUGGCUCGAAGCAACAGAAGGAAAAACCUCUUUCUUUUUAGAACCUACAUUACGAAAUGAACUCAUCACAGCUGGAAUGAAUGCUCUAAAAAUACAACUCGGGUUAAAUAUUGAUAAACCUAGCUUCGCUCAUGCCGGUUUAUGGUGCAAUGCAAUUCCAACUUAUCCUGUAGGCCAUCUCGAAAAUAAGGACAAAAUUCGAGAGUCCAUUCAGAAACGUUUGGGAUGCAAACGAACUCUUCAUCUAGUUGGGAUUGCUUUAGAUGGAGUUGGCAUCGGCGAUUGUGUUAAAAGUGCUGUGAAUGCUGUAGACAAUUUUUGUAAGCAAUAA